CCGCACGAGUCCAUCUCGCUUGCCUUUCCAGAACAGUAUGCAUGAUGAAGUCACUGAAUACAGAUCGCUAGCCCUGGCAGGAAUGCUAGUCCUGCCCACAACUCAGGUUUCUAUCCAGGCCUGUGGGCCUUCCACCUGCCACUCCAAAGGACUUCACAGGCUUUUCCCACACAGGUAUGGCCCUAUCUCCUGCACCCCCGGGAUGGUGGAAAUAACAGCUGUGCUCCCUCCCGAGAGCAGGGACCUGUGAGGAGGGGCCGCUGCUGAUCUGCCUGAUGUCCCCGCAGAACCCUCCGAGAGCCACACAUUACUUCCCCUCUGGACGCCACAUGCCCCUGUACCUGCUGGUUUCGAUCCUCUCAGGCAUGGGAGCUGGAACCUCCCUAGAGAACUGGCUGAGAAAUUCAGUUUUUCAGAGCAUAUACCUUUACUCUUCCUUCCCCUGGGUCCGCCUCUUUCAGGGUCUGAAUGUCUGUUCCAUCCAAGUAUCUCAUUAGGGCAGAAGGAAAGCUGCCUUUCCCCUAGGGAUACUCCAGACCCGAGGGAACCUUAGGCAAAGCGAACUUGUCGGAUUGAAGUCCGCCGUCAUUGUUUGUCUCCCACAGGCAUAAAACAUGCGUCUGGCUCGGCGGCUGGAGAACCAAGCAGGGCACAGACGCAACUGCGCGGACGUCAGCCCUGCCCGCCACGCUGAGACUGCCAUAGAAUCUCCAGAUGGGGCCCCCUGGGCGGCCUAGGGGAGGGUCCAGGCUGGGGAAAAGGACAGGAGGAAGUGCCUGUAGGCCUCCGCCUGCAGGAUGGAUGCUGCGUCCCUGUCACGUCAAACUUGCCAGGACGAGCAAACUUCCAGGGGCCUACAAUUCCACCCAAAGAAAAGGAACCCCCACACCAGUGUGACAGGCAAACACGGCUGGCGUGUGUCGCCCAAUGGGCGUGCCUCGCGGCCUUCGGAGCCACAGAGAACCAGGACGCCCCACACCCAAGGCCCAGGCGUGCCGCGCUCGGCCUCCACGCUCCCCACCCCGGCCAGGCCCGGCCGCCGGGCCCCCGCAGCAGAAUGCGGGCCUCCUCCGGACGCUGCCUUCUGCUCGCGGCUCUGCUCUCUGCUUGGCCAGGCCCUCUUCCCGGCCGCGGAGCGGGGGCUUCGGUGUGGCCGGCGCCUCGAGCACCCAGGGCCAUCCGGGAUGCUGGUGCCGGCACCAGCUCUGUGGCCUCGGGAGCAAGCGGACCACGGCCCCACGGGCAAGUCCGGCUUCUCCCGGCCACCCUGCUAUCCUGGCCCCAGACUCGCUGGCCGAGACGCCGGUUCCCACAGGCCCUUGCCGCCUGGAUGCCCACCCCGCGCCGCGAAGGCACAUCGCUCUCUUUAUUUUGUAAAACUUAGGGAAAAUCACCAGCAAACCGAGCCCCAGUGGCAAGGCUGCCCAGAGUCCCCAACACGAACCCAGACGCACAAAUCGACGGCGGCGGAUUGGCCCGGCAGCUCCCGCCGGGCGGGCCCCAACCCUCCCGGCUCCUCUGUCCGGGUCCCCGCGCCCGGGCGUCCCGCGCCUCAUGCUCCCCGGGUGGCAGCGGGCGCGAGGCGCAGCAGCAGGAGCUGCUGCGUCCGCGUCAGGUCCGGCUUGGCCGAAGGUGCGGAGAAGCCAGUGGGUGCAGACACCCUGAGUAAAGCGCCUUCGGCACCGCCCGGGGCAGGGACCCGGCGAGUCCCGCCCCAACCCGCGGCCUGGCCACGAGGCCAGAGAUACCCCCGAGCCGCCGCGGCCCUCGGAGCUAGAGGCCGGUGGCGCGGAGAGGGAGAGCCGAGAGCCGAGAGCCGAUCUAGACCCAGUCGGGAACUGCUACUCUCAAGGCGGCGGGGUGGACAGAGGGAGGAAGCGGGACGCGCUUACCCGAAUGUAGAGGCGCCCUCGAAAGUACGCGGUGGCCGGACACAAUCCCCGCGCGGAGCCAGUGCCCCGCGGCUCCUCCGCCCGCCCGCGCCCCGCCCCUCCGCUAGCUCCUCUGCGCCUUGGAGGCUCCGACCGGUUACCGCGGCUGAGCAGCUUCGCUUGGGCAGCGACUCCCGCGUUCGGCUCCCACGGGGUCGGCGCGCGUCCUUCCGGGCGCCCGCGGCUGGGGCUGCACACUUGAGGCUCCACAGCCUCCCCGGCGCUCCGAGGACUGCCCUGCUCCGGGAGUGGAGCCUCAUCGCCCCUCCAGGUGGCCGGGGCUGGGGGCAGGUACCGCGCGACCUGAUUGGCGCUGGCCGGAGUCCGGGAGAAUCCCCCGCCAGAGAGGCUGAUGCACGCGGGCCGAGGGAAGCGACUCAGUGAGACAGCGCAGCGGGCGCCUUCCAAAGACCCCUCCUCAGCUCCACCGCCUUUUUGCCUAAGAAAUGGACACUUGGGAGGUCGGCGCCCUGGGAACGCCUCGGUACAGGGGACUUUGCGCGUUACAGAUCGGACCCAGCACGGAAAAUUCGGAGAGCGUGAGAAUCUUAGGGUCCAGGGUGUGUCGCUGGCCACUGGAAAGGUACUGCCUCGAGAGCCUCCCGAAGGGCUCCUUUGCAUUCCUAUUUCCGGCCCGCACUGUGCCCGGGUUCGGAGUCAGGGUGUGUUUGGAGCUGUGGCGGUGAGGUCUGGCAGGAAGAGGCAGGACGGAGAAGCAAUGCCUCGACACGAGGAGAAACCUUAACUGUGCGCUAGAUUUCUUGAUUGAAAUCACCUUCUUUCAAUGUCGUGAAACUCUCGAGUUGCUUCUUGUGCUGUACUCCACCCAAAGCAAAAUCAGGUGCUUGUCUGCAUGUGUUGUUGUUCAAACUGGGAGGACUUGAGUGAAAACUGCCUUCUUGCUGAAGAUUUACAGAGCUACAUCAAGGAAAAAAGUAAUUGCCCACACCUUGCUUUCUCAGCUGCCUUCUAGCAAAGAGGAACAAGGAGGAAGAGAGAGCAGUGGAUACAGGGAUACGGGAGAAGACAUUGAGCAUCGUCAUGUCACCCCUUCCUGUGACCGUCCCCCAACCUUCAGCAAAGUUUCUCUACUAACGGCAUGCAUUCUGAAAAAGUUUGCUGAAUCCCAAUUUAUACAUUGGAAUGAAGAACACUGAAAUGGAAAAUAUUUUCUAGGAAGGAUACACAAGAAACUGCUUAUGGUGGAGUUGGAUUAAAAGAGGAAAGGACAUCCUGGUCAACAUGGUGAAACCCUGUCUCUACUAAAAAUACAAAAAAUUAGCUGGGCAUGGUGCCACGUGCCUGUAAUCCCAGCUACUCAGGAGGCUGAGGCAGGAGAAUUACCUGAACCCAGGAGGCGGAGGUUGUGGUGAGCCAAGAUCACACCAUUGCACUCCAGCCUGGGUAACAAGAGCGAAACUCCGUCGCAAAAAAAAAAAAAGGCAAGGUUAUCUUAUUUCUGUAACUUGUGGAACUACUUGAAUUUUAAAAUCCUGCAAAUGUGGUACUUUUAUAAUUUUCAAAGGCAAAACAUGUUUGUCUACCUAGGGGAUGAAAAACAAGUGUGGUAGCUAGAAAGGACUGUGGGAUCAAAAAAUUUUUUAAUGUUUAAAUUUUGUUUAGAUGGAAGGUACAUAAACAUUUUUAAAUGCUUAUAAGAAUGUGCCAGUAGAAAGAGGUUGAAGAUACAGACAGCAGGAGCAGACUGUAUCCUAAGCAACUUCCAGUCCCGUCUUUUGGAUAAAGGGUAUUCAACCUGCAUGGUAAAUACAUGGCACCUUACAAUAGGAGUAGAAAAAGGGGUGGAAAAUUAAAAGUUUCUGAAGAAAUAUACCUUAAGAAUACCUUAAGAGAGAGGACUCAAGAUGGCGCUGUGAGAACAACCCAGGAUUGGAGUUCGCGUUGAAUCCGCAAACGGUGAAUCAGAGCUGCAUUUACAGACUGAUCUUUGUUGCCCACAGAACGGGGAAACUCCCAAGUAUAAAAAGACACGGGACGCCAGGCAGUAGGUCUCCUGGCGAAGCCAGCAGCCGGGGCGGCGGCGGCCAGCCCUACCCAGCAAUCCCCACAGGGCGCGCUUGUCCGGGUGCCCUGUUGAACCGGCAACCUGAGACUUGAGAGGGCUGGACUUGAGACUGAACGAGACUUGGACAGUAGCCCAGCCCAGGGGAUUGCAGGGACAGAUCGUUUGGGAUACCCAGUGGGACAAACAAAACCGCGAUUUCAAACUAUCCCGAGCAGACGGUCCGAGACGCUCUGUGGGGGAGGUGCGUCCACCACUACCGAGGCAACCCGCCCCAACUGAGAUACACGCCCACUGCUGACGCAGCCAGCCGUUGCCGAGGCAACCCGCCCCAACUGAGAUACACGCCCACUGCUGAUGCAGCCAGCUGUUGCCGAGGCAACCCGUCCCUACUGAGAUACAUGCCCACUGCUGACGCAGCCUGCCGUUGCUGAGGCAACACGCUACAACGAAGAGACUCCGCCGCAGGGUGUGGCGGAGACCACAGCAGAGCCUGCAGGAACAGGGCGAAUCACACAACAGCAGGGCGGAGCCUCGGCAGCCAAACAGUGGCUAGUCUGCCUUCUAGCUGGGCAGGACACCUCAUCGAACAUCCAAAAAUAAAGCCCAAACCCCUCAACACAGAGCAUUUGAGAAAAAAAAAAAAGGGGGUUUUUUAAUGAGCUCUGUUGCAGCAGAAUCAAACAUAGCAGCCUAACAGCCCUGAAGGAACAACAGAGCGCACAGCUCAGCAAUUAAGCCCGUAUAAAGUACAAACUGUCUCCUCAAGCAGCUCUCUGACCCCUCUAUAUCCAAAAGACUGACAUUAGGCAGGCAUUAUCCUGGGACAAAGACAGCAGAAAAAGAAACUGGUAGCAUCCCUCGCUGUGCCACAGCUGCUAGAGGCGCACCCCAGACAAGCAGGGUCUGGAGCGGACCUCAGUCGUACAGCAAAGGGGCUAGACUGGUAGAAGGAAAACCAAGCAACAGAAAUACUUCAUCAUCAACAUUCCGGGUGUCCACUCAGAGACCCAAUCGAAAAGUCAGCAACUACGCAAACGACCAGCGGACAAAUCCACAAAGAUGGGAAGAAACCAGCGCAAAAAGGAGGAAAACACCCGAAACCAGAACACCUCGCCUCCUAGAAAGGACCAAAACUCCUCACCAGCAAGGGAACAAAGCUGGAUGGAGAAUGACUGUGACGAAAUGACGGAAUUAGACUUCAGAAGAUGGAUAAUGAGAAACUUUUGUGAGCUAAAAGAUCAUGUAUUAAAUCAAUGCAAAGAAACUAAGAACCUUGAAAAAAGAUUUGAAAAAAGAUUCGAGGAAAUGAUAACAAGAAUGGAUAACUUAGAGAGGAAUAUGAAUGAAUUAAAGGAGCUGAAAAACACAAUACGAGAACUUCGCGAAGCAAACACAAGUUUCAACAGCCCAAUUGAGCAAGCAGAAGAAAGAAUAUCUGAAGUCGAAGACCAACUCAAUGAAAUAAAGCGAGAAACCAAGAUCAGAGAAAAAAGCGCAAAAAGGAAUGAACAAAGUCUCCAAGAAAUGUGGGACUAUGUGAAAAGACCUAACCUACGUUUGAUAGGUGUACCAAAAGGGGACGAAGAGAAUGAAUCCAAGCUGGAAAAUACUCUUCAGGACAUCAUCCAGGAAAAUUUCCCCCACCUAGCAAGACAGGCCAACACUCAAUUGCAGGAAAUACAGAGAACACCACAAAGAUAUUCCGCAAGAAGAGCAACCCCAAGGCACAUAAUCGUCAGAUUCAACAGGGUUGAAAUAAAGGAGAGAAUACUAAGGGCAGCCAGAGAGAAAGGUCGGGUCACCCACAAAGGGAAGCCCAUCAGACUCACAGCAGAUCUCUCGGCAGAAACACUACAAGCCAGAAGAGAGUGGGGGCCAAUAUUCAACAUUCUUAAAGAAAAGAACUUUCAACCCAGAAUUUCAUAUCCAGCCAAACUGAGCUUCAGAAGUGAAGGAAAAAUAAAAUCCUUUGUGAACAAGCAAGUACUCAGAGAUUUUGUCACCACCAGGCCUGCUUUACAAGAGCUCCUAAAAGAGGCACUACACAUAGAAAGGAUCAACCAGUACCAGCCAUUCCAAAAUCACACUGAAUGCUAAAGAGCUUCAACAUAAUGAAGAAUCUACAACAACUAACAGGCAAAACAGCCACUUAGCAUCAAAAUGGCAGUAUCAAAUUCACACAUAACAAUAUUAACCCUAAAUGUAAAUGGACUAAAUGCACCAAUCAAAAGACACAGACUGGCAAAUUGGAUAAAAAUCCAAAACCCAUCAGUGUGCUGUAUCCAGGAAACCCAUCUCACAUGCAAGGAUACACAAAGGCUCAAGAUAAAGGGAUGGAGGAAGAUUUACCAAGCUAAUGGAAAGCAAAAAAAAGCAGGAGUUGCAAUUCUCAUCUCUGAUAAAAUAGACUUUACAGCAACAAAGAUCAAAAGAGACAAAGAAGGCCAUUACAUAAUGGUAAAAGGAUCAAUACAACAAGAAGAGCUAACGAUCCUAAACAUAUAUGGACCCAAUGCAGGAGCACCCACAUACAUAAGGCAAGUUCUUAAUGACUUACAAAAGGACUUAGACUCCCACACAAUAAUAGUGGGAGACUUUAACACUCCACUGUCAAUACUAGACAGAUCAACCAGACAGAAAAUCAACAAGGAUAUCCAGGGCUUGAACUCAGACCUGGAGCAAGCAAACCUGAUAGACAUUUACAGAACUCUCCACCCCAAAUCCACAGAAUACACAUUCUUCUCAGCACCACAUCACACCUACUCUAAAAUUGACCACAUAAUUGGAAGUAAA